AUGGUAAAUGCAGUGGUAGUGGAGGAGAUUAUGGUGGUGCAACAAAUGGUGCUGGUAAAGGAAGUGAAAGUGGGGGAGAUUGUGGUGGUGGAAGAAGUGGUGAUUGUAAAUACAACGGUAAAGAAGGAGAUUGUGGUGGUGGAAGUGGAGGAGGAUAUGGGGAAGGUGGGUGGUGGAAGUGGAGAAGGUGGUGGUAAAUGGGGAGAUUAUGGUGGUGGAACAAAUGGUGGUAAAUGCACUGGUAGUGGAGGAGAUUAUGGUGGUGGAAGUGGUAGCAGUAACGGAGGAAAUUAUGGUUGUGGAGGUAGUGGCCAUGGGUUUGGUGGUGGAAGUAGACGAGACGAUAAUGAAAAUGGAAGAGGUGGUGAAAGCAAAUGA